AUGGCUUCUCUAGACAGCGACGUCACUAUGGUUCCCGCUGGCGAGGGAUCCUCCGGCGCCGGGCCUUCGUCCGGUAAUCCUGCUCCGCCGUCAUCAGCCAAGAAAGCCAAGCGAUUCGAGAUCAAAAAAUGGAAUGCCGUUGCGCUCUGGGCUUGGGAUAUUGUGGUGGAUAAUUGUGCAAUUUGCAGGAACCACAUUAUGGAUCUCUGUAUCGAAUGUCAGGCUAAUCAAGCUAGUGCUACGAGCGAGGAGUGCACUGUUGCUUGGGGUGUUUGCAAUCAUGCAUUUCACUUCCAUUGCAUUAGUCGAUGGUUGAAGACUCGUCAAGUUUGCCCUCUGGAUAACAGCGAGUGGGAAUUUCAGAAGUACGGUCAUUAG